GCGUCGCAUCCCUGUCGGCGACACACAGCGUUUUGUUUACAUAGCCCAGCGGAUUCGCCGAAUUAUUUUCGGCGGUUCAGCUGAUGCUUUGACGUGCAGUAACUCGUGACAAGUGAUUCGAAAACGUUCGUCCCGUGCUUCGAAUGUGUUCUCGUAGACGUCUGUCCACGUUGCCACAGGCAGGUUGUCUCGCUGCGCGACUUUUCCGCAUAUCUGAGUGAACGAGGUCGAGGCACUCGAGGAAAUCCUUGACCGCAAAUUUGGCAAAUUUGUAUCGUGCAAAACACAUCUCCGUCAGUGAAUGAAUUUUAAGGCUGAUUCGUCAAACGAGUUCGAGGAGUCGCUGCACGCGAUGUCUGAUAUUUAUGGACAAACUCCACCCAGGACGCGUCUCAGUCGUAAGAAAAGGUAUAUGAAGCAAAAGUUCUCAGGCAGUGAUAUUAAGAUAGAAAAAGAGACUCGGCCAAAAACAACUAUUCGCAGACGCAACACUCUCGACACUAUUAUCUUCAAUGAAAUGUGUGAUAAAGCGGACAAAGAUUACGAGAAUGAGGCGAAAGAGGACGCGAAGGAAGGUAGCAGAAAAAGUAAAAGGAGUUUAAAACUAUUGCGCGGUAAUGAAAGAGACUUGAAGCUCGAUGUAGAAGCUGCCUUUAAUUAUGCUGAGAAACAUAGUAGCGACAUGGCGACGGUGUCAACUCCAAAUCAAAUCAAGGUCGAGACUAGAAAUAGAUUUCGUUGUUUGCGGUCCAAACCAGUUGAUGUAGAGGAGAAAAAGCUAGAGCGGGAAAUCGCUGAAAGAAGCGUGUUGAUAAACGAAGAGAAUUUACGCGCGCAAUCGCCGAGGACGCAAAGCUUGAAGGAAAGAGAAAAGUUUCACAACACUUUUUCUUUUUUAAUUACAUUGGGAGGGAGUACGGAGCGAAAUUGUCGCCGUCAAAUGAGUCACGAAGAAACCAGAUGGCAAAACGAACUGAAGGACCUGAUAUGGCUGGAACUACAGGCGCACCAUGCAGAUCGUAGCCCGAUGGCGCAGGAUGAAUAUUUAUGUCGUCAACGUGAGGCGGUAGAAAUUCUUCUUUUGGAAAUAAUGAACUACAGAUACAAUCCUAUGGUGGAUAUGCAAGAGGGAGGCUCGAGUUGCAUCAACCCCUGUGACAUUACGAGCGAUCGAUCCACAAAUUCGGGUUCUAGUCCGAACAUCGAAUUGGGUGUAUGCCCGGGUUGCCUUUCUAUGUAUUGCCGUGCAUGUGCUCGUGAACAAGGGGAAGCGUUACAACAAGUAGAAGGUUUAUUAGCUCGUCUGGAAGCAGCAGAAGCCUUGUAUCCAUCCCGCCAGGCGUUUGCCGCUAAUUAUCCGUUAUAUAAAAGCGCAAAAUUUACCGAUAGGGUGAAAGCUAUGUGCCUCUGGUACAACAUGACGAAACACCAUCGGUUCAAGUUACAAAUAUUGGGCAGAUUGCUUAUGAUGAUGCAUAAGAAGAAACAAGAAGAUUUCAAUGACUCUGGCAUCAGUUCGCGAUCUUCAGAUACCGUCGAUUCUACGGAGCAGCGACAAUUUAUGGUGCGAUUUGAUCUACCUCAACAGGACGAAACUUCCAGUCCCUCUGACAGCAAUAAUAGUAAUAAUUCUUCAGUAGGAGGUUUAUCCUUUGUAUCGCAAUCACUGCCGCCUACUCCGGAAAUUUCGUUCUCAUAUAUGGAUGAUGAAAGAAUCGAUCGACUCGAUUUCUACUUGGUCGAAUUUGAUCGACACGCUUAUAGAAAAUACAUUGAGGAUGUACUGAAAACAAGAGGCCUCAGGAAAAGUCUGAAGUUUUUGGAUCGACUGCAUACCUCUAUCUUGAGAAAAGCGAGAUUAACUUUGGAGAAAAAUGACUGCGAGAAUGAUAGUAGCGCGAACGAAGAAUAUGAAGGUGACAGAGAGUUACGGCGAUAUGGUAUUUGGAGUCCCGAAGCAAAUGAAUUAAAUUUGCCAUCGUAUAGGGCUGCUUUCGUGUUUCUCUCGCGCGUGCCUUUGGACGUGGUUCACGAAUUUUUACGAAUGAGACUAGAACAAAAACCUGAGCAGCCGAGUCCGUUGUCGGUUCGACAGCUCAUGCGGGAGCUUCGGGAGGGUCUCAAGAUCGCUUGUAUUCAUCGCGACCGGUUCGCCGCGCACUCUCGUGCUGCCGUCGCCAGCGACGAAACCGGCUGCGAGAGUCUGUUUGAGAAAGACGUCAAAUAUUUUGAUGAAAGCCUGAGAGCCGUGUUUGAGGUCUACCUAGAUUACCUUCAGCAAUGGGUGGACAUGGUGCAGCACGACAGUUUUCACAAGAAUCUACUUAUGGACGAAUGGUUGUUUGUCAAAUCCAUUGCUGGAAACAUAAGUGAUGGAUACAAGAUUGCUGGUGUGAAAUUCUAUGAAAUUGCGCGUACAAUGAUCAAGCAAGUCAAUGAAUUUCUCACUGAACGGACUCGCGAGAUCUGCGAAAACGUGGAAGAAAAGGAAGACGUCGAAGUGUCGUGCAACGAAACACAAUUCAGAUUCCAUCUGUUUGUGGGCCGUGAGUGGCAGUGUAUGUUUGUAGAGGCUCGGGAAAAAAUCGUGAAGAGCAUCAAUCUUGCCAAAUGCUUAAAACGUGAUAUCGAGACUUGGCCAGUCUGCGAUCAAAAGUUAGAUGAAUCGUUCAAACUGUUGAAGGAUACAGUUCUAGAUUUGAGGCAUCGUAUAACGGUAGUGAUUGAAGAUUUUCAAAGCGACGUUCACGAAGUGGAGCAAUCGAACAUCGAGAACGAUCAAACACCUUUACGCUCGAGGAUUCGUGAAAUUCUUCAUCAAGCUUACAAGAUGGGCUUCGAGUUUCACAAGGAAAUGUGUAAACUGUUCUCGCUGGAAGAAAAAGCCAUUCUAGCACGGGGUUUAAUGUCAUUCGCAUUGUUGUGGAUGGAGUUCGUGAGGACGCGAUGCGAGCGUGGCCGCGGCUUGAGACCUAGAUGGGCGAACCAAGGUCUAGAGUUCUUGAUAACAGUGUGCGAGCCGCACAAUACAAAACAUAUCACCGAUCAAGAAUUUGAGGAGUUAAAGACAUGCAUGGAUCAUUGCAUAUCUCACGUGGUGGGAACAGUAUCGGUUGUAGGAUCGACACCGGAGACAGAAAAUUUAAAAAAACUGUCGCGAUCAAGAGCUUCAUCGCCGAGUCAUGGUCGCACUAGAACCGCGAGCUUCAGCCUUUCUCAGAAACCACGGGAAGUUAUGAAAUCACCCGAAUUAUUGGUUCAUGCGAAGAAGUAUAGCCCAUCAAACAUGGUUGACGGAAACGUGAUAAUAAAUACAUCUGAACGGGGCACGCAGAGGCAUGAAAGAGUUAUUCGUGCUAUCAAAAAGAUGGAGAGUGAGCUCGACCAAAAACUGAAAGGUCGAGAGCUCAUUGGACAAGUCACCGACAGAAAAGGAGUCGAUAGAGUGCACAUCAAGGUGCGACGAGUUACAUUUACAUGGCAGAGAGGUAUUAAAAUAGGCCAAGGAAGAUUCGGCAAAGUCUACACUGUAGUGAACAAUCAAACAGGUGAACUGUUAGCUAUGAAAGAAGUGCAACUGCAACCUGGCGACCACAGAGCGAUUAGGCGUGUUGCUGAGGAGUUACAAAUAUUCGAAGGAAUCCAACAUAAACAUUUAGUGCGAUAUUAUGGACUGGAAAUUCAUCAUGAGGAGAUGUUGAUUUUUAUGGAAUUCUGUGCGGAAGGAACUCUCGAGAGCUUGGUGGCUGGUAGCGGCAACGGAUUGCCAGAAUCUUUGGUCAGAAAAUAUACUUAUCAACUCCUUUCGGCUGUAGAAGCGCUGCAUUUUCACGGAAUAGUUCAUCGAGAUAUCAAAACUGCGAAUAUCUUUUUAACGAAUGAAGGCAAUUAUCUGAAACUCGGUGACUUUGGCAGCGCAGUGCAGAUUAAAGCGCAUACGACGAUGCCUGGAGAACUUCAAGGUUUUGUGGGCACUCAAGCUUAUAUGGCACCGGAAGUUUUUAUGAAAUCAGAAAGCAGUGGACACGGCAGAGCUGUUGAUAUAUGGUCGGUAGGUUGUUGCAUCAUCGAAAUGGCGAGCGGGCGACGACCCUGGUCGGAUUACGAUUCGAAUUAUCAAAUUAUGUUUAAGGUUGGAAUGGGAGAAACACCAGCACUCCCUAAGAAUCUUUCUGCAGAAGGUAUAGAUCUCGUAAAAAAAUGUCUGCAGCAUGAUCCAAAGAGAAGAUCAACUGCAAAUACACUCCUCGCACAUUCUUUCACACUAGGAGAGUAUGAAGAUGUGCUGACUUAACGAUGUCAUGAUACUAAAAGUAUUCAAGAAGCUGGGGUAAAAUGGUUUUGGCGGGAAUAAAGAAUUAGCAUUUGUACUUUAUUGGCAGAAUUGUUUUAUGAGACAUAUCUGCUAUACUGUGUUGUUUGAACACCUUAAUUGCAUGUUUCUGAGAGAUUACAUUAAUCAUGUAAAUAAGAUUUAGGACGAAACUGUGUCCUUUUCAGCUAAACUGGCUACACUAGUUCACAGAUUAUCUUUUUCCUUUCAAAGUCGAGCAAAAAAGACAACUUCUGAACUAGUGUAGCCAGUUCAGCUGAAAAGAAUAGACCUAAUAUAUGUUGAACGAGACUUUGUUAUAAGUUUAUUUAUAGUAUCUAGAAACUGUAUAAAAAAACUUGUAAAUACAUUUUAGAUUUAGUGCUGGUUCACUAUAGAUGAUUUAAGCCCUAAGUUUUAAGAAAUUUACUAAUCACAGUUAAGUAUUCGAAGAAUACUCGACUGUGAUUGGUCAAUUUCUUAAAGCUUAGAGCUUAAAUCACCCGCACUAAAAACGCGAAAAUAAUUAAUAGUAUUGAUGACGAGACUUUGUUAUAAGUUUAUUUAUAGUAUUUACAGCAGACUAUACAAAGAAAUGACAAUUGUGUUUGAGAAUACUUUAGCCAUUGAUGAGAUCAGUAUACACAUAGAUAAUACGUACUAUUGUGAUCAUAUAAUUUACUAUAUAAUUAUAUGAAAUUCGUUCCACAAGAGACACUUUCUUUUGUCUGCAAUUAAUAAAUGAUGAAAUUAAAAAUUUAUUAUAA